GACGACAGUAGUAAUAACAACAACAACAUAAAACGCUCUUCUUUUAUACUUGAACAACUCUACUGGUUCGGUGGUCGCCUGUUUCUCGUUUCAUAGAUAUACAGAAGAGAUACAAAAGAAUGAUAAAAUUUAUGCUCACUUUAAUAUUCUGUUUCUCAAUCACUGCAAAUUCAGACUUUGAUCCAUGUAUUAAAAUAAUCAUUGGUCUGCCAAAUUGUAUCAGUAAACCAUACAAAGAUCAAUCACUAGAUCCACAAACAAAUCUGGAGAAAUGUAAACAAGAUCCAGAGUGCAGUAAACAAUACGUUGAAUGUGCUCAUGCCAAAUUAAACGAAUGCAAUGACGAGAUGAGUAAAGAAGUUAAGAAACAACUACAAUCUUUUGGUAAAAUAAAUUAAUUUUGUGUACAUUAAUGUUUAAAAAAAACACAAACAAUCUAAUACUAACUGACAAGACAGUAGAAUUUACUAGUGUUUUAAAUAUUGUAUGAAAAAAAGACUUAUUUAUUCCUAUCUUUAUGAUAAAUUCACUGUAGAAUAAAUAACAGUAUUAGUUUAAAGCCCUUAAAAAGAAUGCUUUAAUUACCCUUUUCGUCUACAGUACAAUUAAACCAAAUACAUCAGUGAAGUGAUAGUUCGUUUAAAAAAAUAUGAUCUCUGGAUUUGUUAGAUAACC